AUGGGUGACAUCAUGGCGACCCCGUUGCUUCCGCAGGUCAUCGCGCCCCUCAUCCUAGGUGUCACCCUGCAUCUGGGCUUGUUCAUCCGCGGCGAAUGGGGCCUGUAUGCGGCCAGCGUCGCUUCGGGCCAUGCCGUCCUCUUUGCUCUCGUGCUGGCCAGGCAGCUGGUGAUCGCCCCUGCGUUGUGGUAUGUCUCCGCGAUACCCAUCGCGGCCUAUCUCUUCGGCCUGCUCGCGAGCAUGACCGUGUAUAGACUCUUCUUCCACCGCCUGAGGUCUUUCCCGGGCCCCCGCCUGGCCGCGGUGACCAAGCUGUGGCACAUGUGGAAGUGCCGAACUGCCCAGAACCACCUUGUUCUGGACUCGUUGCGCCAUUACGGGCCCUUUGUCAGGACUGGUCCCAGCGAGAUCACCAUCUUCCACCCCGCAGGGGUCGAAUACCUCAACGCGCCCCAGAAUUCCAAUACCAGGUCUGAUUGGUAUGAUCUCCUGUACCCAACCGUCGGGGUGUUCAGCAGGGACCCUGCCAUCCACGUCGCCCGCGCAAAGGUUUGGAACAAGGCAACUGCACCAGGCCGUAGGUUCUUGAGUCCAAUCUGUCGACCCGUCUCUUUGCUGACUCUGACCCCCGCAGCCAUGAAGCAGUAUGUUCAAAGGAUCUCAGACCAUGUUUUGAAAUUCGAGACCGCCAUCAGCGCGUUGGCCGGCAAGCCCACCGUCGUCAACGACCUGAUCUAUGAUAUGUCGUUCGACAUUAUCGCCGACAUUGGCUUUGGCACAAGGGAAUUGGACUCCAGGGAGGGGGCUGACGUGGUUGGGAAUGCCCUGACUAUCAUUGGGCCCACCGUCCCCGGGCCCUGGAUUACCAGAUUAGCACUUUCUCUCUUCCCGGGGCUCUGGAGGCUCCCGCACUGGAUGAUGUUGUUCGGGUACACGAUUGGUAUCGUCGAGAAGAGGUUGAAGACCAAGCCAGACGGGGUUGACGUGGCAUCCUUCCUCAUCGAGGACACCCAACGUAAAGACGCAGACAAGAUCAGCCAUGAAGCGCUCCUCGGCGACUCGGGCGUCAUGCUCCUAGCAGGAAGCACCACUGGUCCGGUUUUCAUCCUCAUCUUGUACCUCCUCGCCCGCUUUCCCGAGGAGGCAGAGAAGAUCCGCCAGGAGCUGCGCGGCGUAGACUACAACGACAUGGUGGCCCUAUCCGCCCUGCCACACAUCACAGGCGCAAUCAACGAGGCCCUGAGGCUCUUCCCCGCGGGGCCGACCUUUGGAUCUCGGCAGACCCCACCAGAGGGCCUUGAUUGCGAUGGCGUGUAUAUACCCGGUGGUGUCAAGAUCGUUGCCCCGCGCUGGAGCAUCGGACGACUUGAGGAAGCAUUUGAGGACCCACACAACUUUAUUCCUGAACGCUGGUACAGCAAGCCCGAGUUGGUCAAGGACAAGAGGGCCCAUGCCCCCUUUUCUCUAGGCCGGUACACCUGCUCUGGCAAGAGGAUCGCCAUGGCCCAGUUGAGGCUCACGCUCGCCGUGCUCCUCACCAAGUAUUCCGUCUCUUUCGCCCCGGGGAUCAAGGAUGAGAUGCUCGCGGAGAAGGAGAUGAGGGAUCAGCUGACCCCGCUGCCGGGUGACUUGGAGCUGGUUUUCGAGGAGUUGAAG